AUGGCGUCAAGAAAAGUCUGGUUGAUCACUGGUGCCUCUUCUGGCCUUGGAGCUGCCCUGUCAAUCGAUGUUUUGAAGGCAGGCCACUCAGUUGUCGCUCUAGCCCGUAACCCUGACAAAGCGAGAAAGUCAUACCCUGAAGUUGAGGAGCUUGGAGGAAACUGGGCUCAAGUGGAUGUCACUGAUGCCAACACCACAAAAGUGUUCGAGAGCUUGAUAAAACAGCAUGGGGGCGUGGACGUGGUGGUCAACAACGCUGGUUAUUCAAUUCUCGGCAGCAUCGAAGAUAUGGCUGAGGAAGAGUUUCAUCAGCAGAUCAACACCAACUUGUACGGCCCUAUCCGUGUCUUGAAGGGGGUACUUCCGUCCAUGAGGGCGCAAUGUUCUGGCACUAUCGUGAAUAUUUCCAGUGUUGCUGGCAUGAUGGGCCGAGCUUCCACAGGGCUAUACUCGGCAAGUAAGUUUGCACUUGAAGGGCUCUCAGAAUCCCUGGCGGCCGAACUAGUCGAUUUCAACAUCCGGGUGUUGAUUGUUCAACCAGGGGGAUUCCGCACCGGUUUCUUGUCAGCAUACGUUCAACCGAAGGCGGGAAUGAACCCAGCCUAUGCAAAUACUGCAAUGAGCAAGGCUCUUGACAGAUACAGCACGAUCAACGGCACUCAAAAAGGUGACCCUAAGAAAGCUGCAAGGAGGAUUUUCGAAGCAGUGGAGAUAGAUGGCCUGGGAGCUAACAGCUCUCCUUAUUUACGCAUCGCGCUGGGAUCUGAUUGCUAUCAAGCACUCCAGUGGAAGACCGAUGCCUUAAAAGAGAAUCUCGACGUCAUGAGUGAUAUCGCUCAUAGCACCGAUUAUGAUUGA